UCGACUUUAGCCAACAUGUUCGAGAGGAAUCUGAUCACGGCAGAGAUUCAGAAGGCGCUGCAGCCUUAUGACCCUCACACGGUUCCUGCGAUCCACAAUUUGAACGUUACUCACGAUGACACCAGCCUUCUCUUCAACUUCGAAGAGGCGACGUUCUCUGGCUUUUCCGACAUUGUAUGCACGAAAUUCAAUCCACCCAUUCUCACCAAGAAGGUUGUGUUGAGCCUCAUGGAUAUAACGGCAGACUUCAAAGCAGUCAGUUACACCGUAGAAGGACAUCUAAACGGACAGCCUUUGUCGGCAUCAGGGGCAGCUGAGUUGGUUGUGCAUGGCUUCGGCGUCACUUUGACUGUCCACCUCGACAGUUACUCCCUGUCCCCCGUCUCAAUCUGCAUCGCGCCUGGAACAUGUGAUCUUGACCUUAGUGUUGAAAGAGUUGAGGUAAUGCUGUCUUUUCCUUUCUAACUUCCAGUCCAUCAAUUGAUUGCUUCGUUAAUCUAGUCUAGUUGUACCUUGCACAUUUGUACAAACUGAAUGAAGUAAAGAUAAAACAUGACUGAAUUAACAGCUUCAUGAAUCCAUUGAAAACCGUUUCCAUAAAACCGAUUUUCUAUCGUGUCUUCAUCUGCAUGUGUUUUCUUUAGGCCCGAUUGAGAACGCCGAUGAACUGAACCAUGAGCUGGAGUCUAGGGCAGCAGAACUGGUGGAGAUCUUGCAAGCUGACAUCAUGCAGUAUUCUGAGGAAAUCGUCGCUUUCCUCAACAGCAAACUUUGCCAUCCCUAAGGAGGACUGUUUUCUUCUUCUUUGUCCACAAUGCAAUAGUUUGAUGAUGUUCUUCUUGACCUAAUUUUUAUGACAUCUAAAUAAAUAAUGAAUUGUU